CCAAAGCUAAUCCAUUGUCGCUACUCAUAUUCCAAACCCAGCUAUAUUCCUCUCUCUCUCUCUCUCUCUCUCUCUCUCUCUCUACCAAUAUUCAUCUCUCUCUCCCAAUAUUCAUCUCUCUCUCGUCUCUGAGACCAACGGCUUCUGCUUUUGAACAGCUAACCAUGUCUAGGAUACAUCCGGCUGCAGUAAAUAGAUACCAGGAUCAUGAUCAAGAUCAUCCGCUGGAGCUUCAAGAUGUUCAUGAUCAUCGUGUGCCUCCCUCUGCGCUCACUGUGUGGAAGAGAUCCAGCAUGAGUUUCCAGGGGACUGACGGAUUUACAGUAUUCGAUGACCGCGGAAUAUUGACUUUCCGAGUGGACAACUAUUCGAGAAAAAACUGUUGUGUUAGAGGAGGGCUUGUCCUAAUGGACGGAGUCGGAAGGGCCUUGCUGACCCUCAAACCCCAGAUGUUGAGCAUGCAAGACCAAUGGAAUGCAUAUAGAGGAGAAGAUGGGUGUGGAAAGAGCCCAAAAUCUAGCAGGGUGUUUGCCAUGAGAAGUGGGUCUGGCCUUUUUGGCAGCAGCAACAAAAGUGAAGCAGCUGAGGUGUUCAUGGGAGCUCAUGCAACUGGCACCCCAGAUUUCAGAAUUGAGGGUUGUUUUGGGAGACGAAAUUGCAAAAUCAGAAGCCGCAGUGGACAAUUGGUGGCCAGUGUAGCUAGAAAGAGAGUAAACAAUACAGUCUUGCUUGACAAUGAUGUGUUCAACUUGGUGGUUCAACCAGGCUUCGACCUUGACCUUAUUAUGGGUUUUGUAAUUAUCUUGGAUCGGAUUUGUGGGAAGCCAUUUACCCCAAUUUUGUGUUCUUAAUUAUCUUGUGAUGUACAGAAAUAAACCCAUGUAAACAAGAUACCAUCUUUUUACCCCACUGAAUCUCAUAUUUUGUACAAGAGCCAUCACUCCAAUUUUCUUGUAUUUAAAUAAAAGUG